CGCAACAGGCUUCCGAGAAGAUGUGAAGAGAAAAACUUACCGGCGGAAGACGCAGACGUCUAAGCGGUGCACCGGGUCUUCCAUUCUUAGUCAAUAUGCUUCAUCAGCGAAAUGUUUUACCAUCUCCUUUGCACAAUACCCCCGCGAAUACUGGUGGAAAAUGCGCGGAACUAAGUCACUGUGGUGACGUUGUUGCCGAACUGCGCGGAGAACCAAAGAGAAGGACGUCGAAGCAAGCAUCGGUCCUUCACCUAGGAGCUUAUCGCCUCCAAUGCAAUACCUCUCACAUGUCAUCGGCUGCAUCCUCAAAAUAG